UUGUGUGUUGUGACCUCAGCAGACAGUACUGGACACCCUAUUAUCUUCUCACUGAUCCUUUCUAAUACUGAUCACAAUGGCAGCCCCAUCCAUUGUUGGCUACUGUUACUUGUUACAGAGAUGGACUGGUUUCCAGGGUCAGUUCACAUUAACAACCAGCAGUACUGUAAACAAAGAUCGCUCCGCCCCUCCAGUGACAUCACAAAUCCAGUGACAUCACAGAAGUUGUAAUACAAAAUUUUAGGAGUUUUGUUUCUGCUCCAUUUUGGAUACAUUUAUUUCGGCUUACCUGUUCAACUUAUCAGCACUGUGGUGAAAUAUGGAUGUGUUUUUCCUGUAUAGGUUCCUACAGUGUAGGGUCCUUUACGAGAUAAUGGUCCUGCCUGUCUCACCACGGAUGGACCACAACAGGAACAAGAGGACUGAGAAGAUAUUAAACCUCACCCUGGAGAUUAUCUGCCUGCUUACCGGAGAUGACUAUAUGGUGGUGAGCAAGACAUCUGGAGAGUGUGUGAUCUCAAGCCGCUGUCCCUGUGUGUUAAGAGAAUGGAGCAGGACCAAAAACUCCUUCAGGAAGACUUAUUCAUGGAGACAUGAGAAGAACAUUGACCAGAAGAUCCUAGAACUCAUCAAGGAGAUAACCGAGCUGCUGACCGGAGAGGUUCCUAUAAGGUGUCACGAUAUAACAAUCAAUUUUUCCGUGGAGGAGUGGGAGUAUUUAAAAGAACACAAGGAUCUAUACAAGGGCAUUAUCAUGGAGAAGCCCCUGCUCCCCGCAACAACAGAUAGAUCCAGUAAGAGAUAUCGUAUCGAGAGAUCUCCUAGUCCCCAGGAUUGUGUAGCAGAAGAUCUCAGCAUCCCACAGGAUCAUCAGAAUGAAAGUUUACUCAAUAUUAAAAUAGAAGAUUUUGAUGAUGAUGAUGAUGAUGACGACUCCUAUUUUAUGGAGAUGGAACAUUCAAAUGACAAAACUACAGAUGAGUCCAGUGAGAGAGAUCCACCUGAGACCUGUUCCAGUCCUCUGUGUUCACAAGAAGGUAUAGAUGAAGAUCUCAAUGGUUCUGAGGACAAUCAGGAUGAAGAUCUACUUGAUAUUAAAGUUAAAGUUGUCGAUGAAGAAGAAGAGGAGGAGGAGGAGGAGGAUGAUAUGUAUUUCAUGGACGAUAAGCAGUGUAAAGAAGAAGAGGAAGAAAUCCCUGUAUUUAUUGGUAUAGAUGGUUACAGCAAGAACCUGCUUUCAUCCCCAGAAAAUGACACUAUACCAAAUUCUGCAGGAGGAAAUCGGUAUCCCUGUCUGGAGUGUCGGAAAUGGUUUACACAAAGAAAAGAUCUUAUUAGACAUCAAGAAAAUCACACAGGAGAGAAACCAUUUUUAUGUCAGGACUGUGGGAAAGGCUUUGCCAGAAAAGCAAAUCUAAUUCAGCAUCAGAGAACCCAUACCGGCGAGAAGCCAUUUUCAUGUUCGGUGUGUGGGAAAUGUUUUAGCCAAAAGUCAGGACUUCUUGGGCAUCAAAAAACUCACACAGGGGAAAAACCAUUUUCAUGUUCGAAAUGUAGCAAAUGUUUUACCCAGAAGUCAUGUCUCAUUGAACAUGAGAAAAUCCACACAGGAGAGAGACCCUUUUCAUGUUCAAAAUGUGGGAAAUGCUUUAUCCAUAAAUCGGAUCUUGUUAGGCAUCACAGAAUUCACACAGGAGAAAGGCCAUUUUCAUGUACUGAAUGUGGGAAAUGUUUUACUCAGAAACAAGAUCUUGCUAAACAUGAGAAAAUUCACACAGGGGAGAAGCCUUUUUCUUGUACUGACUGUGGGAGAAGUUUUACUCUGAAAUCUGAUCUUGUUAAACAUCAAAGAAUACACACAGGCGAGAAGCUAUUUACAUGUUUAGACUGUGGGAAAUGUUAUACCCAGAAAUCAGGACUUGUUGACCAUCAGAAGAUGCACACAGGAGAGAAGCCCUUUUUAUGUUUGGAUUGUGGGAAACGAUUUACAAAGAAGUCAAGUCUUGUCGACCAUCAAAGAACUCACACGGGGAAGCCGUUUCCAUGUUUGGAGUGUGGGAAAAGUUUUAACAGGAAAUCAUCUCUCGUUGAACAUCAGAUUCUUCACACAGGGGAGAAGCCCUAUAAAUGCCUGGAAUGUGGGAAAGGUUUUAACCAAAAGUGGGGUCUUGUUGAACAUCAAAAAAUUCACAGAGGGGAGAAGCCGUUUUCAUGUACAGAAUGUGGGAAAUGUUUUACUCAAAAGUCUGGUCUUGUGGACCAUCAGAAAACUCACACAGGGGAGAAACCAUUUUUAUGUUUGGAUUGUGGUAAAUGUUUUACCCGGAAAUCGGUUCUUGCCGAACAUCAGAGAAUUCACACCGGGGAGAAACCGUUUUCGUGUGUGGAAUGUGGAAAAUGUUUUUCCAAGAAGUCCGUUUUUGUGGACCAUCAAAAAGUUCACACCACACAAAAGCGUUUUUCUUGUUUGGAGUGUGGCAGAGGUUUUAACAGAAAAUUGGACCUUAUUGAGCACCUUCGAAGUCACACAGGUGAAAAGCCGUUCUCUUGUCUGGAAUGUGGCAAAUGUUUUUCUAAGAAAUCCGUUCUUGUUGACCAUAGGAAAAUUCAUGCCAAAGAGUAUUCUUGCCUGGAGUGUGGAAAGUGUUUUUCCAAAAAAAGGGUUUUUGUUGACCAUCAGAGAACUCAUAUAGAUGAGAAGCUAGUGUUUUAUCAAAAUCCAGAAAAUAUUUCUAGCACAGAUCAAGUUGGUUAGAACAUAAGAUUCUAUACAAAGAAUUAAAGGGGUAUUUCGGUUUCAUACGUCUUAUCCCCUAUCCUUUUGGAUAGGGGAUAAGAUGUAUAAAGCCAGAAUACCCCUUUAAGUUUCAUGAGCUUUCACUCCAAAAUUUGGACUUUUGUGGGGUCUGUGACUAGACGUCCAGGUGGGAUAAAGAAUAGCAGAGAGCCUUGCUGUCUUGUGAAGUGGUGAAACUUCCGUUCAAAGGACUGAGUCUUCCUUUAGUCUGUAGAGCCUCUGGGUGCUUUUUUUCUUCUUCUUCUUUUAUAUAGUUUUAGAUACAGUAGUUUAACUGUAUUACUGGUGA